AUUAUCCACCACCAUAAAAAUAAUUUAUUCGAAAAAAAAAGGCUAUGUAAAGUCGUCAUCUACAUGCGACAGCCGUCGUCGUUUACCGGAAGUAACAACAGCAGAGGCAGACAAAGACAAAAAAUGUCAGGGUGUUUUUACUUUGUCAUGGUUGGUCAUCAUGACAACCCGGUAUUUGAGAUGGAGUUCUUACCAUCCGGGAAGCCUGAAUGCAAGGAUGACCACCGUCAUUUAAACCAGUUUAUUGCACAUGCAGCCCUGGAUUUGGUGGAUGAAAACAUGUGGCUGUCUAACAACAUGUACUUAAAAACUGUGGACAAGUUCAACGAGUGGUUUGUGUCCGCCUUUGUCACUGCAGGACAUAUAAGAUUCAUCAUGCUUCAUGAUGUGCGACAAGAAGAUGGAAUCAAGAACUUUUUUAAUGAUGUGUAUGAUUUAUACAUUAAGUUUGCAAUGAAUCCAUUCUAUGAGACCAACGCACCAAUCCGCUCCACGGCAUUUGAGAGGAAAGUGCAGUUUCUUGGAAAGAAACAUCUUCUUAAUUAAGUGUGUCACAUGCACAGUGUUCUCAGUGCAACAUGUUUAUUAAUGCAAUGUUGCUGUCUGGAUUGAGUGUUCUUUUUUAAGUGUCUUGUGAAUAAUGUCUAUAAAGCAUUUUUGUGACUGCUAUACUUGCAUUAUGGUCAUUGCUUUAUGUCCUAAAAAGAGAGUUUGCGCUGCUUUUACACUACCUGUAAAAGCAGUUAUUUUCCUUUUUUUUUUCUUCAUGAUGCUGUUCUGUUUUAAUGGUACUCAUACAAACUGGGUGAAAGAAGCCUGCACAAUAUCAGAAGCAGGAGGGAGCCCGUGUGGAAAGGAAUGCAGUUAAAGUCGAGAUAGAGGUGUGACACCUUAGGCUGUAACGCAUUUCUUCCGCCCUGUUUUGUUCAAAUUAAUUCGCUGUCCAUCAAGCCUGAAUGGGAAUCGAAAACCGGUUCCUUUUAGAACCACCUUUCUAUUAAUUUGAUUCCUAAUAGUUUGCCUGCUUGCCUAUUACCGACAGGAUUGAUAAGUGAUGGGUCUUCUGUUAGAAUUUUGUGGAAUUGUGUCGCAGGCAUUAUUUUAUGUGCUAGCCACAAAAUGGAUUACUUUUAUGUCAUGGAACAUUGUCAUGCAUAAAAAUCACUCUUCUU